AUGGGUGAUGCAUAUAUCAAUUUUGGGGCUUUUCUGAUUGCAGGUUAUUCCCAAUUGGUUUGUGGUCUGAAAUUUUUUUUUAGAAUUUUGGGGCUUGACUGGUUAUGCAUGAUUGGUUUUUGCUGUUAUUUUUAUUAGAAUUCGGUUAUGGGUUAUGUGUAGAAAUUUUGGGGCUUCACCCAUGCUUCGUGUUAUUAUGUUCUUGCAGACCAAUAUGUGUGUGUUUAAAACUUCAUUGAAGGUGUUUUGGGUAUAUAGGUGAUUAUAAAUAGAAUGUAAUGUGAUGGUAUUGUGCGAUAUCAAUGUGUAGUUAUCAAUGUGAUGGUAUUGUUAUAGUGUAAAUAGAAUGCAAUGUGAUGGUUUGGAUGUUAUAUGUUUGUGGCUGAUUUUAUUUAUGGUGUAAUCAAUACCAUACUUGUUUACAUACCUCUUAAACUACAAUGUUUGUGAUUUUGUUAGAUGAAGAAAAAAACCAAAGCCGCAAUUCUUGCCUCAGUUGCAUCUGUCCUCCUUGUGGGGGUUGCAUUGUUAAAGAAAUUACGACGUAGACGUAGAGAACUGCCUAGGGCGCCUUAUGUUAACCAUGCCGCCGAGAGAGAGGAAUACAUAAAUAGUGUUUUGCAUGGAAGUGAGAGACAUUGUGUGAAUCAACUUAGGAUGAAGCCUAUAGCUUUCCACCACUUAUGUCACACCCUCACUGAGGGGGAGCACGUACGUCCGACUGUUCACAUGUCUGUUACGGAGCAAGUGUUCAUUUUCUUGCACAUUAUUGGUCAUAAUGUGAGGUUUCGUGUAAUGGGUAGUCGGAUCUAUAGAUCAACUGAGACUGUUCAUAGAUACUUCAAGAUUGUCCUUAGGGGGGUCCUGAAAUUAUAUAGAGCUCUAAUAAGACUGCGUAGCGAAGAUACACCUCCAGAGAUAAGGAAUAGUAGAAGGUUUUACCCAUAUUUUAAGGAUUGUGUUGGAGCAAUAGAUGGUACACAUGUUCGUGCAUCUGUGCCACCUGAAAUACAAGGAAGAUUUCGUGGUCGCAAAGAUAGAACCACGCAAAAUGUGUUAGCUGCCAUUAGUUUUGACUUAAAGUUCACUUAUGUGUUGGCUGGAUGGGAAGGCAGUGCACAUGAUUCACGUGUAUUAAAUGAUGCAUUUGCUAGGACAGGGGGAUUUUCAAUUCCCAAUGGUAAAUUUUAUCUUGGUGAUGUUGGGUAUGGUAAUAAAAAUGGAAUAUUGUCACCGUAUCGGAGUGUACGAUAUCACUUGAAAGAGUUUAGUGAUCGUCCUCCUGAGAAUGCGCAAGAAUUGUUCAACCUCCGACACUCUUCAUUGAGAACUACCAUUGAGCGAGGGUUUGGAGUGGUGAAAAAACGUUUUCGAGUGUUAGAUGCAGAACCAUAUUGGUCUUUCCCAACCCAAGUGAAAGUAGUGUUAGCGUGUUGUGUGGUUCAUAAUCACAUUAUGGGGGUUGAACCAAAUGAACAUAUUAUGGAAGAUGCAAUGAACCAAGUAGAGCUUAGUGACCACCAACAAGAAACACAAUCCCAUCGGGAGUCCGUCGAAGAUAGUAGAUCAUGGAAUGCUAAGAGAGAUGAGAUAUGCCAAGCCAUGUGGUCUGAUUAUAUCAGGAGUGGAGAGUAG